AUUGCUGCGACAUCCUUUCACCACCGACCUGCUGAACCUCCUGCAAGAAGUGGGGUGAACUUUCGAGGGCUCGGGUUCACCUCGAAGCAUUCUCGGUGUCCUCCCGAAAUCGAUCGGUUGCCUACCGCGGACGGGAUCAGCCCUCCGCCGCCAACAUGUCCGACGAUGAAGUAGACCACGAGUUGCUCGCCCUUUUACGCCAAAAAUUCGGCAUCGGCACAGUAGAUCCUAAUGCACCGCCGGAAACAAAGGUCCUUCAGGAUGCCGAGCGCAUCUGUUACAACAGCAUAGAUGUGGCGCUCGACAUGCGGCAUACGAAGCUUGCUGCCAUCGCUAUUCACGAGGAGAUGCAGAAGCGAGAGUACAGCGCCAAAUCGUGGGCUGAACACGAACUUCAUCCGAAGUCCAAAGAUGAGGCCACCGUCAAUUUCAUCUUCACUAUGGAUCUUUUGAACUUCAGCUUCUGGAGCGAGAAGGGCGAGGAAGAGAGGUUUACGGUCAGCUAUAAGGACAAGAGAUGGACCGGUUAUUGGAGCAUGGUAGCUGCCCUGCAGAGGGCACUUGGCGAGGAGAUCCCAAUCACGAGCCCCGACUUUUGGAUCGAUGAGGAGAAGUGCUCCGAUGAGGUACUCAGGAAGGUCUUUCGGUCAGAAACUGAAGAAGAGAUUCCCCUGUUCGAGGAGCGGGUGCAGUGUCUAAGAGAGGCGGGUCGAAUUCUGCAAGAGGAAUUCGAUAGUAGCGUAGUAACGCUCAUCGAAGACGCGAAAGGCUCGGCUGCCAGGCUGGUGAAUCUCCUCGCCGACAAGUUCCCCUGCUUUAGAGAUGAAGCAAUUUUCGAAAAGAAGAAAGUGCGCUUCUUGAAGCGGGCGCAGAUCUUCGUCGCGGAUCUGUGGGCAGCAUUCGAGGGCGAAGGUUAUGGAGCUUUCAACGACAUCGACAAGAUCACCAUGUUCGCAGAUUACCGCGUCCCGCAAAUCCUCUACUCUCUCGGCGUACUAGUGUACUGCCCACCCCUCGAUGCCCGCAUCCGACGUCGCGAGAUUAUCGAAUCGGGGCACUCCUGGGAGCUGCAGAUCAGGGGAUGCAGUAUAUGGGCCAUCGAGCUGCUCCGCCGUGAGAUCCUCAAACUUCAACCCGAUGCGAAGAUCAAUGCUAUCCUGCUCGACUUCUUCCUGUACGAUCUGGCAAAGGAGAAAGAGACGGCGGACGAGGAAGCAAUUCCGCAUCAUAGGACGAGAAGUAUUUGGUACUGAGCUUGCGGUCACGUAUGCGAGCGUUUGUGGGCCAACAAAUUAAGUUGGCGUAAGCAUGGGACCUACUGUGCGUUUGAUAUGGAUUUCAGUUUGUCUUUCCAGCCAUGUCAGGCCGUAUAAUACUUCACCUCUUUUCUUCGAAUCUUUCAUCCCACACUCCCUCGGCUUCCACCAUGGGUUGCUCUCAUUCCACUCCCUUGAUGCGCGCCCAAACGUCGUUAUCCGCCCCGCGAAGGCAAAAGGCGUACAAUAUCUUGAGAUGAUUGAGCGCUCAUCGAAACAACUCUUCCACGAGUUAGACAUGUCCAUCAAAGCGCGCAUUUCCCAGGACGAUCUUAUCUUUAAAGAAGAACCCUACUUCUCCAACUGCAUACGAGAAGGGAAUACCUGGGUAGCAAUAUUACUG